GUUUUUGCCAUAUUGGAAGACCAUCAAGGCAUUUUUGUUUCGUUAAUCUACAAAUUACAUAACUAAAAUUGUUUUUUUUAACUAUUAUAACUAAAAAAAAUAUAUUUAUUCAACAGUCAAAUAAAUCCGAUAGGUACUAUUAAGCAUAGAUAAGUGGUAUAAUAGUGUUUACGAAUCACAUGACGCAGUUGUAAUUUUAUAACUGUACUUUCCAUUUCCACCUGUUUGGUUACCUGCCUACCUGUUUCUCAUACCCAUACCUAUUUAGUAUUUAGUUGUUAUCUGCAUUGACGUGUCAGCAUAAAUAUUUCUUUGUGAUACAUACCUAUCAGAAUAUAUUUUGUUUACUUGUUAUUAUUAAAAUGGCACGUUAUUUCAAGGAAAAAGAUAUAGAUGAAUUCAGGGAAUGCUUUUAUUUAUUCGCCAGAUCCGGUACAAUUAAAAAUCUGGAUGAGUUGACUAUCAUCAUGAGAAGUUUGGGAUUAUCACCUACAAAAACAGAAAUGGCGGGAUACUUAAAACAGAAGGGUGGUAAAAUGUCAUUUCCGGACUUUUUGGAGGUAAUGUACAUUCAUUCUAAGGUGGAAAAUAUUCCCAAAGAAGUCGUCGAUGCUUUCAAAGCUGCAGACAAAGAAAACACGGGAAAAGUAUCGGCUAAACAGCUGCGUUACUUAUUGCAAAACUGGGGAGAAUGUUUGUCUCCUAAAGAAGUUGAUAGAAUUUUCAGAGAAGCCAAUGUUAAUGUAAACAGCAUGGUUAGAUACGAAGAUUUUAUUAAAAUUGCUUGUGCUCCAGUUCCUGAUUAUUAUUAAAAAAAUUAAUUUAAACAAAAAAAUAUAAAUUUUCUUAAAUAUAGUAUAUAAAAAAUAAUGUAUUUUGAAUGUUUUUAGUAAAUACAUCGGUAUAACGAUUCUUAGCCUACCUCCCAAAUCAUUUUUAAAUUUACCCAUAUGUAAAAACUUAAAAGACAGAAAAGUAAUUAUAAUGAAUGUCCAAUAAAUUUGAGCGAU